ACGCAAGAUCGGUGGUGGCCGUGCCUCUCCGCGCCCCCUUUUCCGCCGCCGCCGCCGCCUUCUUGCUCGAUCGCUUGCGCACCUCCGGCGGCCGCGGCCUCCCUCUCCUCUUCAUCCUCCUCCCGAUGCGGGCCCUCGCGCGCGCCGCGUCGCUCCUCCGCCGCGCCGCCGCGGGGCCGGCUCCGGCUCCCGUGGCGCCGCGCCACUCGCUGCCCGGCGCGGGGCCGAGUCUCGCCAAGAAUUUGCCAGCUUUCUGUUUCAAUGGGUAUUCUACACUUUUGGCUCCGGCAAAUGAAGUGCUGAUUCCACCAGAACUUCUAUCUAGCAAGACUGUCUGGACACCAGAUCGGGAACUUGGGCAAUAUGAAGACCUGGUAGCUAGGGUGACAAACUUCCAUAAUGAGGACAAGGGCUUCAUGGUUUUGGAUGGUGAUGUUUUUGAUGUUCCAAUUAGGAAGGAUAUUGUUCACCGAGUAGUAAGGUGGCAGCUUGCAAAAAGACAGCAGGGGACACACUCAACUAAAACUAUCAGUGAAGUCAGUGGCACAGGAAGAAAGCCUUAUGCGCAAAAGGGAACUGGAAGAGCACGGCAUGGAACACUACGCGGUUGCCAGUUUCGUGGUGGUGCGACCAUGCAUGGGCCUAAACCACGAAGCCAUGCAAUCAAGCUGCAAAAGAAAGUAAGGCGGCUAGGGCUUAAGAUUGCCCUGUCUGCUCGAACCGCGGAGGGGAAGCUCUUGGUCUUUGAGGACUUGGAAGUCCCUAGCCACAAGACAAAAAACAUUGUGCAAUACAUAAGCCAGAUGGAUGAUACAAAGAAGGUUUUAUUGGUGGAUGGAGGUGACAUUGAUAAGAAGCUAAAGCUGGCCACUCAAAACCUUCACUAUGUGAAUGUCCUUCCUUCCAUUGGUCUCAAUGUAUACAGCAUCCUCCAGCAUGACACCCUUGUAAUGACUCGAGCCGCUAUCAAUAGAAUCGUGGAGCGGAUGCACACCCCCAUCAACCGCUAGCAAGGAGAAAUUCGAGUCAGACCAUUGUUUCUUAUAGCCAGCAACUGUGCUUUAAUCGCCUGGAGCUGCAUGCUUACCAGUUUCCCCCAGAGCUGACUUGAAGCUGCGAACUCAACUGUUUCAUGUUGAAAUGGCCGGUUUAAUGCUGACGUGCAUGGAUCUUUGGAUUUGCAAUAAAGUUGGUGUUGACAAAUUGGGGAUAUUGUUCCUAGGUUUUGGAUGGACCGUUAGCUUCUUUCCCAGUUUAUUAUGCUGUCCUAGUUUGUAAUUCAGAAAAAAAAGUAGAUUGCGAUUACCACUGGCUUCUGAAGCACACAAAGCUUGAAUGAACUUUUCUCUGCUAUA